CUGUCACUGUGAAGCCCCAAAACUAAAGAAGAAUUUUCUUACUUUUCAACAAAGCCUACCAACCCUAACCUCUACUGCCAAAGUUCUCUAAUCCCAAAUGAUAGCUGCUGAUCCCAUUUCAGCUUUCUGUUUUUAUCAACAUUUCAAUGUACCUCGUCAGAGAUUUUUAGAUCUGUAUAGAUGCUGAUCAUGGAUCACUUCCUUAUCAAAUCUUUGAAUUGACGGUGUAGAUUGAUUCUUCUGGAUCUAUAGAUGUAGAAUUCCAACUUGGGUGUGUUUAGUUUCAUCAUUUGGAAGGACAAUUUGGUGGGUUUUUCUUAUCUUCUUUGGUGUAUGACUGCUAGGGUUUCUCCAUUUUAUCCAAGAUUGAAACUUUUUUUAAUCAAAGAUAUGAUUUUUAUUAUCAAAGAUUGGAGCUUUAGCUUUACAGAUGGCUGAUUAUCAAUUUUGAUGUAUGUUUAUGGUGGAUUGUACUACACAUAGCUGACUUCAUUUCUGGGGUUUAUCAAGAAAUAGGAUCUAGUACAAAUUUUCUAUCCAAGAUUGAUUCUUGAAAACGUAUAGGUUGCAUUGGGUGUUACUUUUUUGGUUUGUAAUUAUAGAAAGAGAUCUUCUUUGAAGUUCACUGUUGAGGAAAUAUUUUGAAACCAGUGUUGUAUAUUUUAUUAUCAGUUGAGGUAUAGGUGCUUAAAAUGUCCUUCAAGAGUAUGAUUCAGGACAUGAAGGAUGAGUUUGGGAGCAUUUCUCGGAAAGGAUUUCGCUCUAGGUCACAUAGGGUGGUUCAGGAUUGUACGGUGACACUUGAUGCUUUAAGGCAAAGUUGUUGGGCUAAUAUGCCACCUGAGCUAUUGAGAGAUGUCUUAAUGAGGAUUGAGGCGUCUGACUCUGAUUGGCGUCCGAGAAAAAAUGUGGUUGCUUGUGCUGGUGUUUGUAGGAGUUGGAGAGAAAUAAUGAAAGAGAUUGUUAAAACACCUGAAAUUUGCGGGAAAUUGACGUUCCCCAUCUCCUUGAAGCAGCCUGGUCCUAGAGACAAACUUGUUCAAUGUUUCAUCAGAAGGAACCGCAGCUCACAGACAUAUCACCUCUUCCUUAAUUUAAAUGAAGCUGUUAAUGAUGAUGGUAAGUUCCUUCUUGCUGCUCGGAAGUGUAAAAGGCCAACAUACACAGAUUACAUCAUUUCUUUAAAUGCUGAAGAUGUUUCCAAGGGUAGCAGCACCUUCAUUGGGAAGCUAAGAUCCAACUUCUUGGGGACCAAGUUCACCAUCUAUGAUGCACAACCCUCUAAUGCAGGAGCUAAAGUCAGUAAAUGCCGCUCUACUAGGUUUGUUGGAAUGAAACAAAUCUCUCCAAGAAUACCCGCCGGCAACUAUCCUGUGGCUCACAUCUCAUACGAGUUGAAUGUCCUGGGUUCCAGGGGGCCCAGGAGGAUGCUGUGUGUCAUGGACGCAAUUCCGGCUUCUUCUAUUGAACCUGGGGGUUCAGCCCCUACUCAAACAGAAUUUGUUCCUGUGAAUGUAGAUCCCUUCCCCUCCCUCCACUUUUUUAGAUCAAAAUCAACUCGCAUGGAUAACUUCUCAUCCGGGCCUUUACCUAGUCCGAAAGAUGAAGUUCUAACUUUGAAGAACAAAGCUCCAAGGUGGCACGAGCAACUCCAAUGCUGGUGUCUUAACUUCAAUGGCCGGGUAACAGUCGCUUCUGUAAAAAACUUUCAGCUAGUUGCUUCUCUCGGGGAUGGAGCUGGGCAGGAACAGGAGAAUGUCAUUCUUCAGUUUGGGAAAGUGGGAGAGGAUUUGUUCACCAUGGACUAUCAGUAUCCUAUCUCUGCAUUUCAAGCAUUCGCAAUCUGCCUCAGCAGCUUUGACACCAAAAUUGCCUGCGAAUGAUGAGAUAACAGGUUCUGCAAGAAGUACUGAGGUGUUUGGAUUGGCGAUUGCACUAACCCUAUUUAAGUUGGUUACUGAACUAACGCCCAGUUAAAUUGCAGUAGGUAUGUUUGUUGUCGAAUGAAUUAAUCACCUGUUCUUCAUGCUCUUGGACCUUUCCUUUCUUGUAUUUCUGUACAUAGUUAAGGAUGGUUCACAGUUUGGUUCAACUUAACUUACUAUUUCUGUUAGCGUAAUGUUGAACUGUACUUGGGAUUUACAUGUUGCACCUUUCUCCUGAUUGGAAGUACUUUCAUUUCUGGAUUUUUGUGCUCUUC